ACGACAAAAUUAUAGAUUUUAAUUUUUCGAUUGAAACGUAUCAGUCUGUUUAUAACUUAAAGUAUAUUCUUUUAAUUAUUUUUUAUAACAUAGUAUACCAUGCGUUUAUUACACAUACAUUUUUUAUUUUUUUGUUUUUAUUUUAUAAAACCGUCAGUCAGUACAAUAUCAGACCAUUUAUGGAAAAAAAUAGGCAAAUUAAUAGAUUUAACAAAUGAAAAACUUGAAAAAGUAACCAAAGAAAGCUUUUAUAAAAAGUUUAAUCGUCAUAUUAAAGAAGCUUCAGAUAGAUCAUUAGAAGAAACGUUCGUAAGAUAUGAUUUAUCAAGUAUUUCGAGAUUAGAUAAUGCAGAUGGAAAACUUAAAAUCUAUAUAAGUGAUGAAAAUUUUAUUUACUAUUAUAUCACAGGUAAACAUAUCGUUAAUCAAAAUUAUAAUUACAUAAAUGAAUGUACUAUGGAUUAUACGAAUUAUAAUGACAUAAGGUAUAAUAAUAUCUUUAUUGAUAACGUUAAUGAAGAUUGUAAUGACAUAGAUGAGGAAUUUUUUAAUAAAGCAGUAAAAAAAAGAAAUGACAUGAUGAUAAAAUUGUUAAUUGGUUACUUUUAUAUUAUAAACGACAAUCUAUUGCAUAAGAAUGAAAAUGAAAUAAGCAAAAUUAAUAAACUCAUUAAAACAUUAGAAGAUAACUCUAUAUUUGACGAACUGAAUGUGGGAUAUGAUUUUAAAAAUGGAGAUGAUGUUACUUCAAGCAUUUUAAAUAUUUACGAUUCUUAACAGAUUAAAAAAUAACUUUUUUAACUGUAGUCUUUCCAAAUAAUAUUCCAAAAAUACAAUUAUAGCAUUUAUUUGCCACAUUUAUAUAUUUGGUUUUUACUAGAAAAUAUUUAAUAAUUAAUAUUAUACAAAAUUUAAUAUUAAUUGAAAUUAAUAGAACCUUUAAUUAUUGGGAGUUAUAUGGUGAUACACCUCGUCUUUUAAAUACGGCUUUGUAUAAUUAUAUAUACGCACAUGAAUUUUUACGUGAUAUAAAUAUACAUAUUUUUUUAAGGUUAAUAAAUUAUUAUUUUCUAAUAAAUAACAUGCGUUGUUUAAUCAUUCUUUAUGUUUUUUUUUUUAUGAAUAACACAGGUCUAUGAGAAUAUUUUUUGUUGUCUAUUAUGCAUAAAUGAAUUUUGAAUGAAAUAUUGUUUUUACUUAUUAAAUUAUACUUCUUCAAUAAACAAUAUAAUGAUAAAAAAUACACAUUGUUUUAAAAUAGAGUUUUAUAUAUAUACACAAGUUUAAUUAAUUGAACAUACAGCGCAAUGUCCAACAAACAACCACGACUAAUAAACUAAGAAAUUAAUGUAAAGCUAAUAAUACAACCACAAAAGUAAAUACGAAUAUUGAAUUGCUUACUGUAGCCUACAUGGCUCCUUAUAUUAUUAUUAUUGUUUGAUACAUUGUAUGUCGUCAGUUUUUUAUAAAAGUAUUUUUUAUAUUAAUAUAAUAAAAUGCUACAUGUCGUUUA